CCCACACACAACAGCAGCAGCAGCAGCAGCAGCUCACGCGCACUCAGCAUGAACGCAAACACGCUUUAAACUCGACAAACGCUGCGCAAACUCACGCGCGAUGAGAGGCAGAAGUUUGUCUGGAGCGCUUGAUCUCGAGAAGGUGGCACGAGCGGACUUUAACAGGUAACUGAAACCUCGGCGCACAUAUAAAUCCGAACGCUGUAGAUGAUGCUCUGUGUCGACCAGUGACGGACAUGAACGGGAAGGGCUGCAACCUGAUGGUUUCUCCGUCCGGUACGGCUCAGGUUCCUCACCUGAGGGUCCAGACGGGUCACUCCUGGUCUCCAUCGCUCCAUCCCGACGCCACAUCAGGAAACCCGGCCCUGAGUCUCCGCCGACAGGUGCUGGCCAAUGGGAAGCUGGGCUUUCCACACUCCUGGCAACAUCAAGCCCCGCCCCUUUCACUCCCAGCAUCCUCUUCCAAACAGUCAGCUCGACCCAGCUGCCCGGACUAUGGUACGAAAGGUUAUUUGUCUUUGGGGACGAACAGAAGAGUUUUUGGGCCGUGUGGCGGUUCAAACCUGCAGGUGAUGAGCAACGCCAUGCUGGUCCAGAGUCUGUGUCCGGUUUCUCCACAGUCUUCAGCCCAAAACGGCCCACCUCAUUCCCUCGCUGUUCCCUUCGCUGAUGCCAGGUGUUUGCUGUCCAGAGAGUCUUUGGCCUCGACCACCCUCAGCCUCGCAGAGACGCAGUCGAUUCGCAGCGGUAAGCUGGACUGGCCCUACGGUUACCGCGUUCUGCCUCCUUUAGGGCUAGGGUUUAACCAGACUUCAGAAGCUGCCGAUCCGCAUCUCAUUCCCGGGACCUCCAUGUCCGAAUCCGUCUCCAACCCCACGUCUCUACCGCAUUAUCUCUUCAUGGAGGACACCAGCCGCUGCAAAAAGCGAGCGCUGUCCUUGUCUCCGCUCUCGGACGGCAUCGGCCUCGACCUCAACUCCAUCAUCAGAACCUCGCCCACGUCGUUGGUGGCGUACAUCAUCGGUUCCCGCACGUCUCCGGCCUCGCGCCCCACUCCUUCACCUCUGCAGGCCGAUGUUUGCGGACACCUGCUGGGCAUCAGAGGCAGCUGCAUCCCUCAUCCCAACCCCGGCAAACACAUCACCAAAGACAAGUCAAUUCAGACCCCAAUUGUCCAGCCGCUAGAAGACCAAUUCACCAAUCUAGUAGUGGAGCACCAACUUCUACCUGGACAGGAGAUGCAAACGGCGACAAAAAACAGCCUGUCGCCUUCAAUACACCUUCAAAUGCCCAGCCCUCCUCGAGGCCCUCCACCGCCCUAUAACGCCCACAUUCAGAUCCCAGCGGCGUCUUCAGACAACCUCAGGGUCCUUCCGUCGACUCUCUGCCCGAUGCUGGAGGAGGACGAGGAGGAGGACGUCAGCGGAGGACACUGCUGCCGUUGGCUGGACUGCGGCGCUGUUUACGGCCAGCGAGAGGAGCUGGUCAAGCACAUCGAGAAGAUCCACGUCGACCAGCGCAAGGGCGAGGACUUCACCUGCUUCUGGGCCGAAUGUCCACGCAAACACAAGCCUUUCAACGCACGCUACAAGCUCCUCAUCCACAUGAGGGUCCACUCCGGGGAGAAACCCAACAAAUGCUCG